UCUAUUAUUAAAUUGUGGAUUGCAGCCAGCAACAGAUGAAAAAGAGAAAAUUUCUACUUUAUAUUUGCUAAAUUAAAAAAAGCAAAUAUUUAGAGAGGAAGAUUUUUCAGUUAGAAUCAAAUUAUAAAUUUUGAAGUUAUUUAGUUCAUCUUCGUGUAUUGUAGUGGAUAGUUGAAAUAAUUACGAGAACUCUUGUUACAUCGCACGGAUCACAAAAUAUAAGAAAAUUAAAAUGUCUGAAAUACCAGAUUCUGUAAAAAAAUGUGCUGCAAUGUUAAAAGGUACUAAUAGUGACACAGAAAAGUUUGCAGCACUUUUUAUGGUUACGAAAUUAGUAAAAGGAAAAGAUUGUAAUGUUGCCGCUAAAAAGGAACUAUUUGAGGCAAUUGGAUUUCCUUUCUUGAAAAAGCUGAUGAUUUCUAAAGACUUACCAAAUGAUUGCCCACCUUUAGUGUAUAAAAGUGUUGCAUUAUCGAUUCUUACUUGUUUUUGUAAUGAGGAACAAUUAGCAACACAUAAGGAUAUGAUUGAAGCUAUUCCCACUUUGAUGGAUAUUGUUCAAACGUCAGAUGAUGAUGAUUUUGAUGAUAAUUUAAUUGUAGUGAGUGAAGCAUAUAGUUGCUUAAAAUGUAUAGCCAGCUAUGAGCCUGGACAAAAAGCUUUGUUGCAAAUGGGUGCAAUACCCAAAAUGUCCAAAAUUUAUUCACAACAGUCAUUUCAAACUGAUGAAGCAUUGCAUUUACUUGCGCUAUUAACAAGCAAAUUCGGGAAAGCAUCUUGGGAAGAAGAUCCUAAACCAUUUCAUGCUUUAUUGCAACGUAUUGCGUUAGAUAUGGAAACAGAACAUAAUGAAAGGAAGUUUGAGCUGUGCAAUAUUUUAUCUCCAAUUUUACUUAGUUGUCGCAAGGAAAUCGUUCGUAAUUCUUUAGAAGGUGAAAUAUGGCCUGAAAGUUUAUUUAAGGCAUGUGGAGAUAUAUUGAAAAGUAAAAUAGGAAAAGAUCAACGUAAUCCAACGUUGAAAUUAUGUGCUGCAAUUCUACAAGUCUUGGGUAUAGAAUGGGCCUUUAUGGAUGGUGAAGACAAAAAAUUUUUCUUGUUAUUGUUACAAUUAGCUGCCAUUGAAGUUCGUAUGCAAAUGGACGAAAAAAAGUUGGAGGCAACUUUGAAAAAUGGUGAUUUAAUUUCCAGUUGUUUUAUAAUUUUGGAGUUGUCUAUUGUGCAUAUGGCCAGUGAUUCUGUCGAUUUGGAUCAAAAAGAAAAACAAUCUACUUACACUGCUUUAAAGGGAGCUUUUAAUCAAGUUCUUGCCGUUAUUACUAGAAUUUCGGGUGACAAAAUUAGGGAUAAUUUGUCGCCUAAUGAUAAAGCAUUUGUUUAUGCUAUUGUGAGGGUUUUGUCAGCAUGGUUAGCGCAAGAAACUACUGCAAUGCGACCUCAAAUUUACAAAGUCCUUCCAUAUAUGUUUAAAGUUGCUAAUGAUUCAUUUGAAGAGGCCAAAACUCAUCGCCAAGAAAAAAAGGAGGGCCCUCAACCGGUUGAUAUUUUAAGAAUAAUGUUGCCAGCUUUAUGUCAUUUUGCUGUUGAAGACGAAGCUAGACGUGUAAUAUUUACUCAUAAACAGGACGAAAUGCUAUUCGAAGCUAUGGUAUUUUAUUUUUCAAUUGCGCACUAUAAGAGACCACCAAUUCCAAGAGCUGAACGUCUUAAACGAAUGAAUGAGCCAGACCCAGUUCCUACAGCUGAACAACUAGAAGAGAUGAACUAUGCCAAAGCCGGUAUUGUUAGUUUGUGUAAUAUUUUUAUGAAUUUGUGUGUUUUGGAACAAAAACGUGCUGAAGAAAGUCUAUUGUUCGAAAAUUUGUUAAAAUUCGUAUUCGACAAUUUACCAGAAUUAAAGGACACCUCAGAUAAUUUGGUUAUGCAUGGGCAUUUGGGAGUAUUAGGGCUACUUUUACUUAAACAACAGGCAAAGAAAGUAAAAAAGAAUGAUUUUUCAAUAUGUAGUUUUAUUCGAGUUUUAAUACGAUUUUUGUGGAAUGCAUAUACUAUCGACGAAUCUAAUGAUCCAUCUUCAUUAGUUGUAACGAUACAGUAUAAAGAAUAUUGGAUGGAAAUAUCAGAAUUGUGGUUCCUUGGUAUGCAAACAUUAAGUGGAGUCCUGCCAUUGAUACCAUGGAUAUCUGAAUUUUGUUUAGAAAGUGGAUGGGCAGAAGGUAUUAUAACAACUUUGAAAAAAGUCAAAAUUGGUACAUUACCACCGAGUGUUAAAUCAGCAUAUGAAGAUUUUUUGAGUGAAUUAGUAUCAGCUAACGCUGAUGUUAUACCCGUUUUGAAAAAAGCGGACGCAUUAAAAGUUUGUCGUAAUCAUAAAAUGAUGGAAUUAGGCAAAAAAUUGUUUGGAGAUUAAAUUGAAUAUGAAAUUCGUUCAAAAUUAAUUAUCUUUAAUAUUAAGUUAAAAAGUAAAAACUUUAUAAUUAUUAUAAUGUUUUAUAUUCGCAACUAUAAGAUUUUGGUAUUUUUGCCAUAUAGAAUAAAAUAAAAUUAGGAAAUUUUAAGAGAAAGUUUA